AUGGAACCAUCAUCAAUAAUCGAUUCAUCAAUAACCGAUUCACCAACAACAACAUCAUUCGAUUCAUUAGAAUCAAAUCAAAAACAUCAAAGUACUCCUGACAUAUCUGUCCCAUUCCUUAAUUUUGAUUUAAAUUCAAAACGUUCUACUAUGCCUGUUCAUGUAGCAACUCGACGAGCUUACAAGAAGCCCUCAAAACCAAGAGAGUUUGCUAAAAGCGCAAAAAAAAGACAGUCAGUUUUAGCACUUGGUAGUAUAACACAUUUACAACAUUUUUAUGCUAAAAGAGGAAUAAUCAUAAAACCAAAGAAACCAAAACAUAUUGAAGAAGCAGAAAAGAAACUUACAAUAAAUACAAAUACAUCUUAUCUAUUACAAGUUACUGAAGAACCUGAUGAUUUUCCACCAACUCCACUCCCACCAUCCCCUCCACCACUUCCUACAUUCAUAACCAGUAAAUUAGAUGUUGAGAUGGAUCCAGACGUACUAUUGGGAAAUUGUCAUGCUGAUAUUCAAGCAAUGCUUGAUGCUUGGUGUAUGAUUACCGGUGAAGCAAAAUCAGAACAAGAUACUGUACCUGUGGAUAUUUUAGCUGCAGUGGAAUCCACAACAAAAGCUGUCCAAUCAAUUAGGAAUUAUACAAUGGUAAAAGAUGAUAUAACAGACGAGUCACUUGCAAAAAUAAGAUCUUCUGCCUUGGAAGUUCUUGAGAUGAUAAGUGAUCUUGAGAAAACUCAUCGUGAUGAUGACACUGACGAUAGUGGCAGUGAAGAUGGCCAUUUGUACAAAUCGUCUAAUUACACUUCACUGGAUAAACAACGUGCCACUCUACAGAAAUACAUUCAGAUAGUCGAGGAAUUUUUAUUAUUUGACGAUAAAGAAAUUUAUCCACCAAACACUUCCUAUUUAAGAACAAAUUCAGAUGAUGAAAAAAAAGAUAGUCAUCUAUUAUCUCAAUUAACACCCCCAUUAUCUCCAGGUCAUCCAAAUCUCGAUUGGUCAAAUCCUGAUCAUUUUGGUGGUGACAAAUUAGCUCGAUAUCAUGCAUUUUUAGAGGCUCACCGUCCAUCAAAAUCUAAGAGAUUACCUGAUUAUACGCCUCUUUCAGAUCCAAAAUCUGACAAAGCAGGAUUCUUUGCAUCUUUAGC